CUUCUUCAGGGGUCUUCAAGUGAGCACUGGGAGCCAGUGAGGAGCAGGCAUGAGACUAGCGGUGUUUGUUGUGGUGAGUGUGGCGGCCGUAGUGCUGGGGCAGGAUCAGCAGCCUGUGGUGGAGAAGGAGCCCCUCUCGCCAGGAGUGCUGAGAGACCUGCCUCGCCCCUGGGUUCUAGGAGACCUGCCUCGUCAUCCCCAGCUUGUGAGAGAGGAGGUGCCUCGCCCCUGGGUUUUGGGAGAUCUGUCCCGACAUCCUCAGUUAGUGAAGGAGGAUGUGCCUCGCUCCUGGUUCUUAGGAAACGCAUCCCGACAUCCUCAGUUAGUGAAAGAGGAUGUGUCCCGCCCCUGGAUCAUAGGAGAUUUGUCCCGUCCUCCUCCGCUUGUAAAAGGAGAGGUGCCCCGUCCCUGGCUACUGCAUGAUCUACCGCGACAAUACCAUCCUUACCGUUACUACCCUUUCUACCCAUACCACUAUAAGCAACUCCGCACCAAAAGCGAGGACGGCAAGGGAGUGGCACUGCACCCAGGAGGCGCCACUUCCUACAUCUUCCCACAAGUCCAUGGUGUGGGCAAACGAUCAGCUAAACCCGCAGCUCAGGCGGCGGCAAACCCAGCUUUUGCCUACGGAUACCAAUCAGGUGACGUCGCCUUUCCCUACCGUCACUACGGCUACUACAACAGCUUCCCUUACCGUCACUACGUCUACCACCAUCAACUCAAGAGGCGGUCUGCCGGGCCACAGUACAGCUACGACUACGUCAGCGAGCACCCAGAUCGCCGCUACCAGGGCUACAACUACAGAUGGUGACGUUCGCCACAGCCUGCAUCAGGAGUGACGGAGGUGUUCUUCUCCCCGUCAGCCUCCCACCUCUCCCCCUCACCAUACUUGAGUCUGAUAGGCCAACUCUGCUCACAUUGGUUUUUCAUUCUCUACAUAGUUACUUUAUACGGAACAGAGUGUGUAAUCCAAGUAAACAUUUUGAAUUCUCUUGAGAAGUUUGACUUAGUCCUUCAGUUGCGACAACUCUUGAUGCCACUCAAGAACUACACUACUCCAUAAAAUUUAUGUUAAAAAUGUAUUUAUACAACACUGCUAAAGCAGAAAUCACAGUGAACGCGGCUUUGAAGUGAAUUCCUUAUACACUUAUAGUCUUACCGGCGUGUAUCCUUUAUGACAGUCAUGUAUCCUGCUUGAUGUUCUUGAAACCCGAAUGUAUCCCGGUUCCUAAAUGCAUUCAAGUAUCUGAAUGUAUCUCGGUAGGAUAUUGCCAAGCCAGAAUUUUCCCUACUGUGAACAUUAUUGUUCUCCUAACUGGGUACCUCGAUGCUUGUGAUGACCUAUUGAUCGAACUCUCACCUGUCAUUGAGUUGAUUUUUAUUAGUAAUAAACGCAUUUAAUAUAUCUAUUCUUUACUGAGGUAAAGACAACGCGUUCAGUAAGUCUGAGGAAUAAUGACUUAUGAAACGAAUGGUAGUAAAAAUGAACUUAUAGUAAAGAACAUUGUGAAGAAAAAAGAGCCACAAUACCAUGACUGGAACAAUACACAAAUACUACUAUUAUCACUACUACCUCUACCACUACUAUCACUAUUUCCUUCAUUUUAUUAUUUCUUCUUCUUCCUCUCUCUCUCCCGUCCCUUCCGCUACUCUUGUGUAUAUACUGGCUCCCUAUCUGCGGGUUAUUUGUGUAAAGCAUCAUCAUCAUUUGUGUAAAGCAUCAUCAUCAUCAUCAUCAUCAAGGUAUGAUCACACAUCAUCGUGUUUAUUUUGUAUUUACAAUGCAGACACCUCCAUUUCCAAAAGUGGAUUAGUGAUGAGUCACUACAGAGUCUGAGAAGUCAUCAUAUAUUCACUAAUAUAAAGUCUGUAGUUUCCCCAACAUUUUUCACCAUGCUUUUUAAAUCGUAUAAUGACACUCUAGGCGCACCGUCAGCUUCUUUGUUUCGUGUUUCCGGUAAUUAACUCAUUACUGCGUAUUUUGAAUCUUUUCCGAUGUUUUCUGAGCGUUCUAUACAUUAUCGGACACUUAUGUGGGGAUCUGUUUUCUACACGAGGUGGAAUAUAUAGCGUGGUAAGCCAGCGGAGGAUUAAUUAACCAUGGGUUUGCAACACCGGUAAGCCAGUGGAUGCUUAACCAUGGGUUUUACACGUUUUACACGGGAGCGGAGAACUGUUUACACCGGGGUAAGGAACGUUUCACAUCAGGAUAGCGAACGUUUUACACCAGGAUAGAGAACGUUUUACAUCAGAGUGAGGAAUGUUUUAUAUCAGGUUGGAGAAGAAGAGGAAGUCGAUUUUAUUCGGAGUUUUGUUAACCCAGGAUAACCCAAGAAAGCCAAGCAGUGUGGCUUAUUUCCAUUAGGAUCCCUUGAUCCAGUUUCCCUGGAUGAGAUCCAGAUUGAUGAUUUAAAUACACAGGUAAGUACCAACAAACAGGUAACCACCAAGACACAUGUACCUAGUUGCACACAGGUAGUAGGUAAGAUUUAUUAGGAAACAGGACAAGUGUUUCCUGACGCGGGUCUUUGUCAUAUGAUGACCCGCCUCUGGAGCCUUUGGUCAUCUGUCCGAGGCCUUCCGCUGGCUUACCUAUCCACCCCUUUAAAAAUUCUGGUUAUGAUUAUAACAACAUUUUUUUGCACACAGGUAACUACUUACUCUUACAGUAAGCAGAUAUUGGCGAACCUUACUUUAAAAACAACGUUAAUGCCAGGUAAAAAGGGGCCUGGAGGCCUGGUCUGGGACCGGGCAGAGGGAGCGAUGGCCCCCACACAAUCAUCUCCAGGUUGAGAGUGUUUUGGGCCAGAGGGAGAGUCACAUAUGCUGUAAUUCACGUAGACACUGACCUUAAGGCUCAUUUAAUGCUUAAAAUAUGGAUUUAUUUGUACACUUUCAAGGCGUCUGCAAUGGGUUAUAUAUGUUAUAAUUGUAAGGCACUCUGCUAUCUUGGCUGAUAAAGCUACGAUAAGAUAUCGAUCACUGCAUCAGAGAAAUCUGUCAAAAGCUUCUUUUUCUUUUUAGACACUUCGACCUGACUGAUUCACAAAUAACCCACAAGUUAAAGAAAAAUCUUCAGUGUUGUGUAAGUUUAUUCAAGUAUACACAAAUACAGUUAUAUAGAUUAUCAUACAUAGCAGCAUAUCUGUAGAGAACCUAGGAUGACCCAAAAAAGGUCAAAGUGACUUAUUUCCAUUUCAUUUGGCCUAUUUUCUUUGUUUAUAUGAUGCACCAGUCAGUCUUGAUAGAUGCACAAACACCUGGAGACCUGUGUAUAUUAGUGUAUACAGUGUAUAUUAUAUAUACUGGGAGAUAUACACUUAUCAUCGUUUAAACGAUUUAACUAAAAACGUACGUAAAGUUCAUCAAUGAAAUCCCGACAAAUGGUUCUGGUACACGUGAACUUCCAUCAUUAAUUACUCUCACUGUCGUCAGUGUUUGAAGUGUGACUUCCACCCCCACGUGACGUCAGGCAGCCAUCAAGGCCCCCACGCCGCUCCUCUAUGCGCACCUCACCAACAGCGGCACAUACUAGCCCGUCUGAUGUUUGUGAUAAUAACCUUGUGGCAGCAGCCACAGCCUUGGUGGCCAUAUAUAUAUAUCCCCGCCCCUAGCUAACGUGACGCCUGCCUGGCCUCCACGCCGCUCCUCUGCACCGCACCUCACCAACAGCGCCUCAUAACGCUCCUCCUUCACCAAGCCUCUCUCCCAAGUUCUCUUAAGCUGCCAGGGAGGAAUGG